GAGAAGAAAGAAGAGAUUAAAAAAAAAACAAAUGGUGGCCGAAAACUCGAUCGACAGCUCCUAUGGAGUGACCAAGGUUCCUCCUAUCUUUGGCUUUCCUCCAGUUGCCUUAGACGACAAGAAACCUUGUGUUUCUGCAUCGGAUUUUGCAGUCCCUAUCAUCGACUUUUCAGGCGUCCACGUAGAUGCAGUGUCACGUGAAGGCGUUGUGGAGAAGAUCAAAGACGCUGCAGAGAAGUGGGGAAUCUUCCAGGUGAUCAACCAUGGUGUUCCUUCAAGUGUUCUUGAUGAUAUUAAAGAUGGAGUUGUCAGAUUUCAUGACGAAGAUCCCGAGGUUAAGAAAUCUUACUUCUCCCUUGACUUCGCAAAAACAUUCAUCUACCACAAUAACUUCGAACUGUACAGUUCGUCUUCUGGUAACUGGAGAGACUCUUUCGCUUGUUACAUGGCUCCUGAUCCUCCAAACCCAGAGGAGAUCCCUGUGGCUUGCAGAGAUGCUAUGAUGGGAUACUCGGUGCACGUGAUGAGCGUAGCUGGUAUGCUCUUUGAACUUCUCUCGGAAGCUCUUGGUUUGAGCUCAGAGAGCCUUAAGAGUAUGGGUUGCAUGAAGGGUAUGCAUAUGAUAUGCCACUAUUACCCUCCCUGUCCACAACCUGACCUAACUUUGGGAACAAGCAAGCACUCCGACAACACCUUUAUCACCAUUCUUCUUCAGGACAACAUCGGGGGUCUUCAAGUUCUUCAUCAAGACUGUUGGGUCGAUGUCUCCCCUCUUCCUGGGGCACUUGUCAUCAACAUCGGAGAUUUCUUGCAGAUGAUGACGAACGAUAAGUUCAGAAGCGCGGAGCAUAGGGUGCUUGCUAACAGAGUUGGACCGAGGGUCUCAGUAGCGUGCUUUUUCAGCUCGUGUAUGAAUGAAAAUUCCACGGUUUACGGACCAAUAAAGGAGCUUCUGUCUGAAGAAAAUCCCCCAAAAUACAGAGAAUUCACUGCACCAGAGUACUCCAAGGGAUACAUUGAGAAAGGUCUUGAUGGAACAUCGUAUCUGUCGCAUUACAGGAUAUGAAACGAUAAGUCUAAGACCAAUAUUCAGUUUGAUGCAACUAUAUAUGUGGGGAUCUAAGUUCUUAUCCAAGUUAAAGCUUCUCUGUUUUUGGGUCUGCAAUAACUAAACCAUUAUACCAAAAUGUUGUGUCGAAACAUUUGUGCUUUCCUAAUUCCUACCAGUCAUAUUCCUAUAUUUAUAGCAUAGUAAAUGUUUUAUAUUGGAUCUAGAGAUGCAAAUUUUUAUUUAAUCAGGGUUUUAAUUAUACCA